CUCCGCUGAAGUUAAAGGAUCAGCUCUAGUCCUCCUAGCGGAAGGUCCGAGGGGAAAUCCGUCCUGAUCGGCUGGAUUUGAAAUAUUGUGAUAUGAUGAGGUAGUCGGUGAGCUGGCGGGGAGGAAGCACAGGGCUCGAGCUGAACAAAUAGACUUAAAUCAAGGUUGUGCUCUGCGGAAUGUGAUUCUUCAGCUUUCCCCUGUCUCUCCAUCCAUCCCACGAUUGUACAUAGACCCAACACCAGUCAUGUUCAAGUCCCUCCUGGCCGGUCUGGCCCUCCUGGCCACCGCGACCGGGUCCGCCGUGAGCAUCACCCCGACCGUGACGAAUUCCUCGUUCAGCUUCGGCGAGCACUACGCGGUGCUCAACCUGGACCUGAUCAAUGACAUUGUCGGCACGGCGAACACCACCGCGGCGGGCGCGACGUGGAUUAAUAACACUGCGACAUGGAUCGAUACGUGAGUUCUCUCUGCGGAGCCACGCCACCAAACCACUUCUUUCCCCUCCAAAGCCAUCACUCGGGCGACAUCCAAUCUAACAAAUUCAGCGUCCACAAACAGUCCCCACCCCCGUUGAGCAUCUUCACCCGCAUCUACUUCUCCAACGUCCUGCGUCCCGAGAUCGGCCCUGACACCCCCUUCGGCCAAGCUGUGGCCACCCUCGGAAACCUGACCGCGUCGAGCCCCGGCGCCCAGCUGUACCCUGCCUUCAAGCCCCUGGACAACUGGGACGUCGUGCUGCAGAAAGCCCGCUACUACGCGGGCGCCGGAAACCCGCUGGAGGAGAUCCUCAGCAGCCAGAAGAUCGACACCGUGGUGCUGUCCGGGGCGCGGACAUCCGGGGUGAUACUGAGCACAGCAAUCCGGCUUUUUGACCUGAACUACAAUGUCUACGUCAUCUCGAACAACACCUUCGAAACGGCGUCGACCUACUCAACCCAGAACCAGAAGAUCAUCCUCGAGGGUAUCCUCCCCCUGCUCCCGGUCAACAUCAUCACCAUCGAGCAGGCCAUCGACGCGCUGUCCCGGUCCGGUCCAGCGGUCUAUUAACCAACUUUCUGCCCUAGUAGGCGAAACACGGAUGGAUGGAUGCUUACGGACGACACGCUGCUCUAAUGUAUGUUAGCACUUAUAUAGCAAACAUCGUUGCGACCGAGCAAAACCCGACCCAACCGGACAGCUGGCCAGCCCUUGUAUGCAAUGGGCGCUAGAUUGGGAUGGCGCAAA